AUGGGCAAGCUUCUUGGUCGCGUGCGGGCCACCUAUAUGGUCGCCAUUUGCUGCAUCGGGUCAUUUCUUUUCGCGUACGACACAGCCGAUAAGUCAAGUAUCAGCUCGAACUCCAAUAGUUUGCUACAAGCUGGAGCAUUCUUCGCUUGCUUCUUCGUAUGGCCUUUCACCUCGAGGUUCGGUCGUCGGAGGUCCAUAGCUCUGGCGUCCGUUAUCUUUUGUAUCGGUGCUAUUAUCCAGACAGUCCCGACUCACUCCAUCGGGGCCUUCUAUGCCGCUCGCGUAAUUAGUGGGAUCGGAGUCGGCAUGGCGACCGUCAUGGUCCCGAUGUUCAGUGCUGAAAUGGCGCCAAAGGAAAUUCGCGGCCAGUUGGGCAGUAUGUUCCAGUUCUUCUUCACGCUCGGGGUCAUGACCUCGUACUGGAUCGACUAUGCCGUCCAAAAACAUGUGGCGCCAUCGGACCGUCAAUGGCAAAUUCCAAUCGGGCUACAGCUGGUUCCGGGUGGAAUCCUAGGCAUCGGAAUGUUGUUUCUAAAGGAGAGUGUGCGAUGGCUGGCCAAGCGAGGACGACACGAAGAAGCCCUGCAGUCACUCAUCUGGAUCCGGGGAGGGGAGGACACUGAGGAAGUUCGGGCUGAAAUGGCUGAGAUUCUCGACGGCAUUGCGGCCGAAGUCCAAGCGACUGAGGGCGUAACAUGGACCGAGCUGCGAUUCCCAGCCAACCGCUACCGAAUGAUGAUCACGGUAACCAUCCAAAUUGCAGGCGUCCAAUUGACGGGAAACACUUCUCUUGCAUACUACGCACCACAGAUCUUCGCCGCCGUCGGUGCCAGCGCGAAGAACGUUUUGCUAAUCACCGGGUUCUUUGGCGUCGUCAAAGUUGUCGGGUGUCUAAUAUUCCUAUUAUUCCUGGUGGAAAGAGUAGGACGCCGAUGGUCUCUCGUCGUUGGCGCAUUCGCCAUGGGGUCGCUGAUGCUCACCGUGGCCCUGCUAUCCAAAACCCAUCCUCCUGAUCCUGACAGUACCAAGAUCUCGUCUCCCGCCGCAGCAGCUAUCGCCAUGGUGUAUCUCGAGGCUAUGUGCUACAACAUGUCAUGGGGCCCGAUUCCCUGGCUGUAUAUCAGCGAAAUCUUCCCAACCCGGAUUCGCGAGAUGGGCAUUGCGGUUGGAACGGCAACGCAAUGGCUAUUCAACUUUGUGUUUUCGCAAGCGACACCGCAUGCGGUGGAUAAUAUGGGAUGGGGCACUUUCCUGAUGUUCUGUGUUUUCAACUGGGCGCUUGUGGUCUAUGCAUUCCUGUUUAUCAAGGAGACGACGGGCAAGUCCUUGGAGGAGAUGGAAGAAGUGUUUGAAUCGCGAAUGGCCAUGUUCCGGAAGGAUGUGGAGUGUACCAACCAGGACGUUGGUUAAUUGUUUCUUCUCUCGAAGACGUACACAGAAAUCAUGACUGCUGACUUGCUAACGAGUCCGGCCCGUGCCUUUUAUUGAGAAUAUUUAUCGAUUCACUAAUGCUUAA